GCCGUUUUCAAAUGAUCAAUUUCAUUUAGUAGCAUCAGUGACUCUAGGGUUAGCGUUUUCAAAUUUUCAGCAGAAAACAUUAGAAUGCAACUCACUCUUGAAUUCGGUGGUGGCCUAGAGCUUCUCUGUGAUUCAGUAAAAAUUCACAAUGUCAACGUUGAUACAAAAAACGGAGGGGACAAGCAGUUGAUCAUGAAAGACUUGCUGGCUUGGGUUCGGACCAAUUUGAUCAAAGAGAGACCCGAAAUGUUCAUGAAAGGCGACUCUGUGAGACCUGGUGUUUUGGUGCUGGUGAAUGAUUGUGAUUGGGAGCUGAGUGGGCUGCUCGAUACGGUGCUGCAAGCCAAGGAUGUGGUUGUUUUCAUCUCGACAUUGCACGGCGGGUAGAUAUGUUGCAUGGGAAUGAAACGAUAUAUUGUGUUCAAGAAUAGUCAUAAUUAUAAGUUUGGAACUUCCAAAAGCGUUUUCGGAAAUAAAAAUAUUGUCGAAACUUUGUAAUCGAUUAAUUUUUGUACGGGUGGAUAGUGUAAACUUUAGCAUUGCUGCUUCAGACUAUGCACAAAAAGUGUAUUUAUUGUAUUUCUAACCCACAUAUAUAAGCAGUGCUGUGCUUAUAUCUGCUAUUGUAAUGUAA